GGCGAGUGAGCAAGAGGAACAUCAAACAGGUAGCAUAUACAGUACAUUCCACCGCUCAGGUAUAUGGUCGAUGAAUGAACGAUGGGAGCACAGCCUUAGGUCGCCACAGUGCCAGGAAGAAAGCGUGUUGAAGUGCCAUUAUGUGCGUGAGUUUGUGAGAGUGCAUGCGUCUGUAUUGGUAAAGUCUUGGGUCGUUUUUAUUGAUGUUGGUAGCUGUAGCGGUAGUGGUCGUAGUGGUGAUGGUGGUGGUGUAUGGAAUGAGAUCCAGUCAGUUUGUGGACAGAGGUGGAGCGUGGUAGUGGCGGCUCCUCUGCUGCCUAGUGCGUGUGGGCUGCUGUAGCUUCGCAGUGGCUUGGUUUGAGCCUUGUCGUGAGUGUAUUCUAGUGCUGACGGUGAACUGGCAGCAGCGUGAGGGAUACCACGAAAGCAGUGAGAGCAACAUUGCAACACUAUACUGACGAAUGACUGUGAUCGUGUAGUGAGAGGCGAACCCAAAGUGAGGAGCGGCAAGGAAGUGCGGCGCUACUGACGAUGACCUGACGAAGAGCACAUACCAGUUUGCCAUCGGUACCACUCCGUCAGACACUCGAGGUCACGGCCAUGGCAGGGCACUAUGUGGUUUCUGGACAGGGAACAGGCAUUUCCUACAUGGACUAAUACACACUGCCAGCCACGUGGUAAUGAAUCAAGCAGUACUGGCGGUCGCAGGGCAGGCUGAGCUCCGUACGGGGGACGCUAAACUCAGGCAAGCAUAACAACUCUAGAGGAAACGAACAGUCCAACUCACCGUUUUGAAGCCCAACGCUCCCACCACCCCUCCGCCCUUGCUGUGCCUCGGUGGCGGUAGUGGUUGAGGCCAGUGUGUGUAUUGGAAUGCUGAGAGGAAGCAGGAAGGUCGAUGGUGGCCUUCAGAACUGCUGCCUCACGCAUAUCACGGGCACGCUGACCCCCUCGCUCCAGGACAGGUGACAAGUGGGAGAGUGGCAGCCAUGACGGAGUACCAGCAGCAGCAGCAGCAACCGCCGCUGCACCCACCGACCUACGAGGUGGCGAUGCUGGGCCAACCUUACGUUAUCGCCCCCAUGUUGCCCUACCAACACUACGAGUCCACCCUGCAACACUACGUACAGAUGUCCACGGCUCCCUCCGCCCCUCCACUCUCGCCCUCGCCCACCCAGAUACAGGAGCAGAGGCGCUUCUGGAACCACUACGGCUUGGACCUAGUAAUGGGCUUCCACCAGAUAUACCUCCAUGGCAGGACAGGAGACAAGUACCUCCUGACAGACGCUACCAAGUCCCUACUGUACACUGCGGCCAUCGAUGUGGAGACGACCUGCUUCUGUUGUACUGUCCCUCGCGGCCCGGGAGUCACCUUCAACCUCACAAGCAGGAAUCACCAGCACGUCCUCACUGUCCACCGCUCCACGCAGGCAUUCUGGUGCUCCUCCCAGGAAACCGAGGUGGAUGUGAAGAUCCCGCCAGAUGUGAUGAUCGGGACUGUCGAGGGCAAAGGUGAAAAUUUUACUCUCAUCAAUCCUUCUGGAGACAUUACCUGCUACGUGGAGAAGGAGGAUGAGGCGUGCUGCUCGUGUUCCAACGCCUCCCAUAAGGUGGUGCCAGUUGGGUUUCCUCAUGACCUCGGCAGCCUGACGCGGACUAGCACAGGACUAGUCAUUACCUUCCCCGCUGUUCUGGACGUGGCCACCAGACUGCUGCUCACCUGCUGCGCCCUCAACCUGCAAUAUGCAGAAGAGGAGGAAAGGAAGACAUCCUCUUAAGACAAUCUUCGUUGGUGACUAAGGUGCCACCGGGUUCCUAUGUGCUCUAGUGGACGCGUUGGUUGUGUUGGUGUGAAGAGAAUCUGAUGCUGUGUUUUAAAACAUGUCACAAUCUCACGUGUAAUAAACUAUUUUUGUAUAAGAUAUUUUUGUAUCGGAAGUCUUCUUAUUAAUUGUACUGCUAAGUAUCUGAAAAAAAAAAAUGUGUACAACUUUGCACAGGUAAAAAUGCUCAAGUUCAUUCCUUGCACGCACAACCUGCAGCGUGCAAAUACGACAUGUCACCAUGAAUGUACACCAAGCAAACAUCUACACCUGAGUGAAUACACUUUGUGAUAACCUGACUGUCGUUCGCUUUUGAAUAAUGACUCUGAUUUUACCAUUUCGUACAAUUUUGCACCCGUCACUGAACGACAAACAGGAUGUGAACUUUGUCAAUAAAAUUCAUGAACUUCA